AAACCCUCCAGUUCCCCCGUUUCGAAUACACUCCCUUCCCCUUUCUCUCCCUCAUCGUUUUGUGUUGUUUUCAAGCCUCGACUUUGUCGUUUGCCCUUCCUUAUUUACGCAGCUCCGCUGUCAAGCUCUCCCUCCGCGUCUUUGAAAGACUGCUAUCCUCUCUCUUCGGCCGUGCCGACAACAUCUCUCUCACCUCGAUACUUCGUCGUUCACUGUUGCUGUGUUGCCCUCAUCACGUCUCGUCUCUGUGACUGUGAUCCAACCCACUACAUACAACCUCGAAUAUCUGUUUCAUUCUUUGAUUAUCGGCACUGAUCACAGCGUCUGACAUUCCACGGCAUAAGCAAGAUACAAGAAAAGCACAUAUCAACCCACCCACACCCAUCCUUCACCAUCAACAAUCGUCAAGAUGAUCGGUAACAAGCUCACUCUUCUCACCGCCACCGCCGCUCUCCUUGAGCCGGCUCUCGGCCUCAACGUCCACCGUCACCACCACCAGCACGUCCAGAAGCGUGCCGAGUGGAUCACUGCCACCAUCGACGGUCAGGUUGUCUCUUGGGAGAACAACUACUUCGGCCCCGUCUCUCAGGCUCCUGCUGCCCCCGCUCCCGCCGCUGCUGCUCCCACCAAGGCCGUUGAGAAGCCCGCUCAGAACAAGGUUGAGGCUGUCGCCCCUGUCUCCGUCCAGCCUACCACCCUCGCCCAGGUCGCCAAGCCUGCCAAGGUCUCCCAGGCCCCCUCCAAGGCCGUCUUCAAGGAGGAGGCUCAGCCCGCCGCUACCACCACCGCUGCUGCUGCCCCCAAGAAGGCCACCACCACCAAGACCACUUCUCAGUCCAGCGGUGGCUCUGUUGGCUUCUCUUCCAAGCGUGGUAUUGCCUACAACGAUGUCGAGCUGGCCAACACCUUCGCCUCCAACUGCCAGAACUGUGGCUGGGCUUACAACUGGGGCCCUUCCUCUGGUGGCAUCAAGGGUGUCAACUAUAUCCCCACUCUGUGGGGUGAUGCCGACGACAAGGUCCAGUACUUCGAGGAGAGCAUCGACGAGUGCCUCUCCAACGGCGCCAAGGCCAUCUUCAGCUUCAACGAGCCCGACAACGGUGGUCAGGCCAACAUGGAGCCUGCCCGCGCUGCCGCUUCUCACGUCAAGCUCCUCAACGGCUACUCUGGCAAGGCUCUCAUCGGUGCUCCCUCCAUCAGCAACAGCGGUCUUGCCGGUGAGGGUAUUGCCUGGCUCAAGAGCUGGGUCUCUGCUUGCGAGACUGCCGGCUGCAAGUACGACUUCUGCAACGUCCACUGGUACUCCGAGGUUGAGUACGGUGAGACCCUGUUCGAGCACCUCAAGGCUGCCCACGAGACCUGCGGUGGCAAGCCCAUCUGGCUCACCGAGUUCGCCCCCAAGGGUUCUGACGAGGCUAUUGCUAGCUGGCUCGAGGAGGCCAUCCCCCGACUUGAGGCCCUUGAGUACCUCGACGCCUACUCCUACUUCAUGGUUUCCCAGGGCAUGCUCAUGACCUCCACAUCUGAGCUCAGCUCCUACGGCAAGGUGUACGCCUCGGCUUAAGCGACCACGGUCCAGGGCGCAAGGCCCCAAAGUUCGUCUUUCUUCGUGUACACUCGCUAGGGAAUACCCUCAACAUUCAGCGCGGGCAUUUUGGGAAAUUGGUGGAAAACUCGGUCAAGGAUGGCGCACGUCGACUUCUUCUGUACAUAUGAUGGCAAUCUAACCCCUAUUAUGUGGUUUGCCUACUUUAUUUACCGGCACUCGGGAUUCUAAAAAAAGGCUUUUUCAAAAAAACAUGGUCACUUUAUUUUUCGUGCUAUGAAAAAUAAAAAGGGAUGCCCGAUUUCAUAUUAUAGACGCCACCCGCAGUUUGAUAGACUUUAUAGCACGCAGAUACCCUCUUCGAGCUACGAUGACAAUGAAUAGCGAUUUGACUGCUUACACUCUUGGUUGCUGCUGUUGCAA